UCUGAGCAGUGAACACAAAAUCGAUUGUCGAUUGCUGUGUAACAUUCAGAUUUAAGUCACAGCUGGUUUCGACAACAACAUAACAUCGAUUACAUAAAAAUGACGAGCUCGAUUAUUCUAGCCGGUCUCGGCGUGGCAGCUGUUGGCUUCGCUGGGAAACACUUGCUGCGCCGCAUGCCACAGAUGACAAGCAAGUUCAAUGAGGCCCUCAAGAAUCUACCCAAAUUCGAUGCCGAAAGCAUGGCCAAUGCCAAGUACUACAAAGGUGGCUUCGAUCCCAAAAUGAACAAACGCGAAGCUGCUCUCAUUCUCGGCGUCAGUCCAAGUGCCCCAAAGCUGAAGAUCAAGGAUGCCCAUAAGAAAAUCAUGCUGCUCAAUCAUCCAGAUCGCGGUGGAUCACCAUAUUUGGCGGCCAAGAUCAACGAGGCCAAAGACUUUCUGGAUAAUGCUAAAUAAGUAUCCAACGCCUUGUAAAUAAAGUACUGUAUAUAGAGUUUAAGAACC